AUGGGUGUAACAUCGUCUUGGCAGAGGAAUUCUGAUUGUUGUGAAUGGCAAGGAAUAACAUGUCAUUUAACAAAUUUUCGUGUGAUUUCACUCAACAUUAGCAAUGGUGGCAUCAUUAGUAGUGUUAUCGAAGCUAACAACACCCUCUUCGAUCUCCAUCACCUUAAGAGCCUUAACCUUGCCUAUAAUUACUUUUCAUCAUCUCUUAUUUCACCUAAAUUUGCACAAUUUUUGUCCUUGAAACACCUUAAUCUUUCGGGUUCAUUUUUUAGUGGUGAAGUCCCUCUCGAAAUAGGCCAACUCUCUCGUUUAAGAACCCUUGAUCUUUCAUGGAAUACUCUUCGAAUGCCAAGCUUCAAGAAAAUCAUGAGCAAUUUAACAGAGUUGAGACGACUUGAUCUUGGUGACACUACCUUUGAUUCGAUAGUAUUUCCAUCGAUCACUAACUUAUCUUCGUUAACAUACUUAAACUUACGUAGUUGCCAGUUAGAAGAGGAACUUCCUAUUGAUAUUCUCAACCUACCGUACUUAGAGUACCUUGAUGUUGGAGUAAACAAUGAUGUUUACUCCAAUUUCGCGCUAUAUAACUGGACUAGUCCCCUGCAGUACUUGGACCUUUCCUUUGUCAAUUUAUCUUCGAAACUUCCAUCAUCACCCGGUCAUGCUCAAUACAAUCUUCUGAGAGUGUUGCGACUACCAGGCUGUGGUUUCCAUGGACCCGUCCCAACUUGGGUGUGGAACAUUCCUAAGCUAGAAGUCGUCGUGUUAGUCAACAACCACUUCACAGAUGUUUUAGGUGAGUACCUUCUUAGUAUUACUAGUUCGAGUUUGGAAUAUCUUGAUCUUCGUUCUAACAAAUUCACUGGCAAUGUUAACUUGUAUGACAUCUUUUCUAAGCUCCAACACCUUAUGGGACUUCUUUUAUCAGAUAACGCGCUCUCAGUGAGCACCACAGGAACUGAUACUCGUGUUGAUCUGACCGCCUUCCCCUGGCCUGAAAUAUCUGUUUUAGCACUUUCUUCUUGCAAUUUAACUGAAUUCCCUGAAAUAUUACAGAAUCAAACCUACUUGCAAGAUUUAGACUUGUCCAAAAACAGUAUUCGAGGUGAAAUUCCUCAGUGGAUUUUCCAAGUAGGGAAUAACAUCUUAGAAUAUCUAGACCUUUCUCACAAUUUUCUGACAGGAAGUCUAGCAAACCUUCCUUGGAACAAUUUGUUGUUUAUCCAUGUCAGUUCUAAUCUGCUACACGGUCCACUUCCAUUACCAUCCGCCACCAUUUUCUGGUUCGCCGCUUCAAAUAACAACUUCACGGGCCUAAUUGACCCUUCAAUAUGCACAUUAACUUCCCUUAGACUUCUUGAUUUGUCUAAUAACAACUUAGGUGGUGAAUUCACACAUUGUUUGGGAAAUAUCAGUGAUGACCUUGUCGUGUUGAAUCUAGGCUCGAAUAACAUUCAUGGAUCUCUACCUUCAACUUUUUCCAAGUGCAGUAGCUUGCAGUUUCUAGACUUGAGCAGCAACUUGCUGCAGGGGUUGGUGCCGCGGUCUUUGGCCAACUGCACAAACUUACAGUUAGUGAAUCUUAGAAGCAACCAGUUAAGGGAUGAAUUUCCGUAUUGGUUGCAUACUCUACCUCAGAUUCAAGUCCUAGACAUGAGCUCCAACAGGCUCAAUGGCUCUAUAACAGACUCAAAAGCAGAACGCGGCCUUUUUCCCAUGCUGCAGAUCCUCGACCUCUCUGGUAACAAUUUCAGAGGAAAAAUACCAGCAACAUAUAUAAGAAGUUUUCGAGCAAUGAUGAAUAUCAGUGUGUACAGUGGGAGUGGUAGUCCCAAGUACAUGGGGGCACCAAAGAUACGAGAAGAUCAUCAGUUCACCACACUCGCGACUUUUGAUCUGUCAAACAACGUAUUCAGUGGUGAGAUUCCUGACUGUAUGGGCCAAUUAGUCUCAAUACACGGCCUUAACCUCUCACACAACCGCCUUACAGGGAACCUCCCUGCAUCAUUAGGCGACUUAAAGUUGCUCAACUCAAUGGACCUUUCUGACAACAUGUUCACAGGAAAAAUCCCUGAAGAGUUUGGAAGUUUAACAUCUUUAGGAGUCUUCAAUGUAUCAGACAACCAGCUGGUGGGACCGAUUCCUCAUGUAAGCAACUUCAAUACAUUUUCAGAGGAUUCCUACAGGGGAAACCUUGGAUUAUAUGGAUUCCCACUGUCAAACCGAGGAGGAGAUGGACAGUUAAAACCCGAAGAUGAUGAGUUUGACGACAGUAAUGAAGACGACUUCAGAGAUGAAGCAGGCUUAUUAUCAGAAUGGGAAAUCAUACUGAUGGGGUAUGGUUGUGGUACAGUUGUAGCGAUGGCAUGGGGAUACUAUAUGCUGUCAAUCGGAAAGCCGUUUUGGCUAGCAAAACUAGCUUUCAUGAUGGAGCUUGUUGCAGUACAGUUUUCUGAAAAACAUUUUGGCAGCAGAAGAAGAAGUGUGCCAAGGAGGAACUAA